AGAAUGACGGGCAGGUAAUGUCAUUGGAGGAGGGUUGUCACUUAAGAUUUAGCGGUUGGCGGGGGCCUAAAGCAUUGAUGGCAGGCAGCUUUCGAGCACCCAGGGUUGCAGGUGUUCCAGAAAAAUGGUGGUAACCAUGGAGAUAAGCACCAGCUGCGUUCCCCUUUAAAUCCUGAGUCGCGGGGGCGGGGCCGGGGGGGGAGUCCGGCGCGGGCAGAGUGCGCGCGCGCGCGUCUUGCGGGGGCGGGACUUGUGGCGUCCGCAUGGCAGGCUCGGGCCCCGGAUGAGGAAGUGCGGGGCGUGAAGUUGGAGGUAUGGGGAAGGGGGGGCAACCAUAGAGACGAGGCGGCCGGAGCGGCCGGAGCAGCUCGGUCCGUGCAGCUCGCUCGGCUCCGCAGCCCAGGUGGACUUGGCGGCGACGGGGCUGCAGCGGCCGAGGUCGAGCUGGCGGGGCAGGCGCGGGCCGAGGAGCAGGCCCCAGGGGUGAGCCGUUUGGUGUAAAAGACUUGACUCCAUCCAUAAUCUACACCAGCCCCAAUGCUGUCCUCCGGAGUAGAGACUCAGCCAGUUCCGCUUGAUUCCUCCAUGUCUGCCGUGGUACAGGAAUUAUACUCUGAACUCCCAGUGAGUGUCUCCAAAGAGCUUCAUGCUGACUCUGAGCCAAGUGUGAUUCCAGAUCUAAAGCCUGGAGCCUCCAGCUCUCUUGUAAGUCAGAGUAGGGCACCGCCCUCGCAGCUGCAGAGGACCCGGGCAGCAAGUUGUCAUGAAGACACCUCUGAGACUUUGGAUCAUGGGGCUGAGCCUGGGUGGUGUGGGCUAGUGGACCCCCCAGCAGGAGGGUCUGUGGCUUCGGGGAUCUUGGAUAGGAAAGAGAAAACCAAGAGCAUGGAGCUAACAGUCUUCAGAGAUCAAGGGGACCAGGCGGAAAUUGUAAGAGAGCCCGGUGAGGGAGCGGAGCAAGACCCGAGUGAACGUGGUACAGCUGCUGAAGAGAAGAUGAGCCCGAGCCAGGAGGACCUCCUGAUACAGUCCAGCAAAGAACUUUUAUGUACAGACCUCCCGGAAGAUUUUCUUAGGAAUAAAGAAGGAAAUGUACAGAUUGUAAAUGAAACUCUGCUAAAAUCCACUGAAGUACAAGGUAUGAAGGUCAAUGGGACUGAGACGGAUAAUGAUGAAGGACACGAGAACGGCCAUGUGAGUAAAGGUCUGUCAGCUGGGUGCAGGAAAGACCCAGAAGUAGACAGAGUCAUGACCAGUGGUGAGGUUUCAGAAACCAGCACAUUAAGUUCCCUAAAGCUUUUAAAUCUUGUGGAUCCUGGAGUAACAGAAGCAACCGCUAAAGAAAAAGAAUGUGGAGAAUUAAAAACUUGUCCUUCUCGGUUACCAGGAAACAGUACCAUUUCCCAAGUAGACAGUGGGAAGGAAGAGUUGCAUAAGUCACACCUUGUCUGUGAAGCAGAUGACAAUCAGCAGCAAAUUCUUAGUCACCCUAGUGAAAAACACAGUUCCGUGCAUGCCAAUCUCCCAGCCACAAGAAACACAGUCCCUAUAGAGUCUUUAAAGGAAAAAUCAGAUGUGCCGUAUUUCUCCAAUUCGACUGGUCUAGAAUCCAGAAUGUCCUUAGAAAAAUACAGUUUUGAAAAUGAUGGUUUGCUGAAGGGAUCUGCUGAGAAGACAGACAAUUCCCACUUGGGUGAAGGUGAUCCAAGCAAGAACUUCACUUCCAAAGAAGAGAAUGGAGCACAGCUUUUGACUCCUGUUGGUGAACGAGGGGACCUGUUCGUUGUUAAUGGCAAACAGCCAACAAUGGCUGCCAGUGAGUGUUGUUCAGAUGAGAAAGAAACCGUUGGUUCUCCAAAGGAAAAUGUCCUCAAGAGCCAUUGCAUUCUAGGCAGUCUCCAUACAGAGAGCUCUGUGUCUGCAGGGCCCAGUUGUGGUAUUGAAACCAUGGAACUAACAAUCCACAAUAAUGAAAAUCUGAAAAUUUUCUCAGAUAGUCAAAAUAAUUUGACAAAUGCUAAGGAUCACAGAGAAAGUUUGACUGCUGUGAGCCACCUAGGCGGACACACUCAACCAAGUAGUUUUUCCUCCUCACUGCAGACCGAGGAACCAAAAUGGACAGCCACUGCAGAACCAGACGUGUUACAAGAAAAGAUUUGUAGUAGUAAAGACUCGAACUCCUUACUUAGUGUCCAGAGAAAUCUGAAUAGCGAUGCUCUUUUAAAUGAAGUACCAUGUGAUGAUUUUCGGUCUGAAAAAAAAUCACUUGUGAGUUCAAUGCCAGAGGAUCAGGGAAGGUCUAUACUUAAUGACCUGUCCAAAUCCAUGAAAGGUGCUGCUGCUCGGUUACCAACAUUUCCAGAGCUCGGUUAUAGAACUGAGUCCAAAAAAACUGUACAGAGCUCACAGGGUGAUAAUUGUCCAUGUGUAGAUGAACAGGGCAUUCCCCGUGAGAGAAAUAAACUUUCUUAUACCAAUGAACUGACUAUAAACAAAGUAGAAAGUGAAUGUGUUUCUAAUCAACAAGUGUCCCUUAAUUCUGAAGACCACACAGAAUUGCCAACAGUCUCUGAACUUAACGAAAGCAGAGAGAUGCCUUUCCCAGCACGUGAAGGUGCGCAGCAAAGCCACGAGCCUCCAUUAGAAGGUGGAGCAGACAUCGCUGCUGAGUCCCGAACCAUCCCCGUGAAGACAAAAGUGAACGACCUCUCUCCACCAAGUCGUGAAACCUGUGGUGCCUCCUCAAACAGUCCCACCUUAAACAUCAAAGCGGGAAACCUCAAAAAAGAGGGAGAGACAGCUGAUUCAGGAACCGAAGAUGUACAUUCCAGGCCUCUGUCCAAUAAGGAGGCAUCUGCUUCGCCUCAACAGGUUACAGAAUUUGAGAAGGUUCAGUUUCUGCAUACCCCCAGUGGCCUUUGCGUAAGAGAAAGUGUGCCGGAAGAGGACACGUGUCUUGCCUGUGCUGCUUUUGAGUCUGGCAAAAUCACCCUGGCCAUUGGUGACUUUUCAGUAACAAAAUGUAAAAAUGCUGUUCGACACAGUGAUCCCCACUCCCAGAGAAGGGAAGAUGCUGUGGAAAGUAGCACUUGUAAAGUGAGGUAUACCUCAGAGGAAGGUGAACGUGCUGGGUUGCGAACUAAAGACAGCUUUCCUGAAGAUAAAUUCAGAAACAGAAUGGCAGCAGGGGUGUUAAGUAAUGGAUUGUCCAACAAAACCUCCGUUCGCAUCAAACCCAGUGAGGAAAGGGUAGAAAGAAAGGAAAAAGAGGUACUGAGACAUUCUGCGUUUUGUAACUGUAACAUCUCUGAUUGUGCUCCACAGGGACUUAACCAAUCUGCAAACAUUCCAAGCCCUGAGAGAUUGUUGGACCAGGCUCCCACUGUUACCUUCUCCAGUUGUAAAAAUGUGAACCCAGCAGCUGAAGCUCUCCGUCAUGAGGCAGAUGAAGUCCUUGAUUGGCAGAGUAACCAAAACAGGUCAGGGAAACACAGAUGCAAAGAUAAACCAGCCAAGGACCUAGCAGACAGUGACCGGAGGGAGGCCAGCACAGAGCCUGAUGUGGACAGAAGUGACAACCCACCAGAACAACCAGUCAGUCCAGACAGUACUAACCCAUUCUCUUGUGUUCCAAAGCAAGACAUUCUAGAGGGAGCCCUGGAAAGCGUUUCUGCUUGUGAGGAGUUCACACAAAACAUGGCAGAUGUUGUCUACACAGACCACGUUAAUGAGGCCACACAAGGCAUGUUGGGUGUGAGACUAUCUAGCACAGUUGGUAGUGAUGAAAGGCAAGGUAGACUGGCAGUCCAAGAAACCUUACAAAGUACCUUGCCUCAGACAGAUGGUGCCUGUAUAGGAACAUCCGAACAGGACUCAGGUUUCCCAAAUGCUGUUGCUGCUGCUACAGUGGGAUCUCUUGGAAUAAAAACAUCAUGCAAAGAGAAACUUUGCCAGUGUUUAAAAGACUGUGAGGCGCAACAAUGUCCGGACUCUUGUGAGAAAUUGGAUAGAAUAGACACAUCUUUAAACAUUUGUCACAAACAGCAAAGUGAAAGAGCAUCUCAGAAAGAAACACAAAGAGUGACGGAGGGAUCACACAUAGAGGUGAGUUUUCAAUUUGACAAGGAAAAUAUCUCUGAAAUUUCCUCGAGAGAAUUGUCUCCUGAAGGCCAACAUGAGAACUAUGUCUCUGUAGGGAGCCCGGAAUCCAUUAAGAUAACUACGCCUCUGUGUGUGUCUGCUCAAGAAGAUUCAGAAGCAAAUGUUAACAGUGAAGAAGCUGACCUGAAAGACAUUCUUAAGCCAGAAGGUGAGGAAAACCAAAAGGUCUGCACAGCCCUGCAAGAGACAAAGGAAGGCCUCCCCAGGGAUGGGAGUCAUUGUAGUGAGGGAGACGGCACACACAUCAGCCUGGAGGAGAACGCUGGCAAAGAGUGUCCUAGACAUUUGCCUGUGACAGCGCAAACAGAAACUAGCAACGAGACUGAAGAACAUCAGAGUAAACCACGGGGUCGCUUAACUGCUGGGGAGGAGUCUGGCAUGAGUAGCAGAAAACGUGUUGGUGGUGGCGGCGGUGAUAUGCACAAGGCCUUUCAGACCUGUACGUGCCGGAAGAGGCCUGGUGAUGCAGGCAGACAACAAAUUAAGGCCACGUCGAGCAGCGUGUGGCAGAAGGAAGAGCAGCAUAGCCGCCAGAAAGAAGCCUUAGAACCAUGCUCAUCAUCUGCUGCUUCCGCAAAUGAGGCGCAGGACAGAAACCAACCCGAAGCCAACCAAGACGAGGAUGCCCUGGCAAAAGUUGUCAGCAGGGCAGAGCCGGCCAAGGGUGACACUGCACAGAUUCAGAAGUUGAAAGACCCAAAAGAGGAAAGCUUAUGUCAUCCAGUGCAGGACAAUGAGUUGAGCGCAGGCCCUUGCCUCCCUGGUGACCCCCAGAGAGUGCAAGAUCCCAGCGCUGCUGGGUGUGAUCAGCUACGCGGUGCCUUUGGGAGCACAUCCCGUCAGAAAGGGAUGCUUCCGGUGAAGAAGCAGCCCCAUCGAACGUGUAAGAAAGUGUCCUGUCAAGAGCCAGUCGGUGUGGGGAGAAAGAUCAGUAAAGCAAGAAGUUCUGCCUUAUUAAAGGGUUCCCCAGAUCCCAUCUCCACAAAAGCCUACAGGCUUCUCAGUUCCUGCGCUGUGUCUGCACCCAUGCGAUCAGAACCUGACCCCGUUCCUCCCCGGAGCUUGGUGAUCCCCAUACCAAAGCGGAAGGCUACUCCGUGCCAUCCCCUGAGGAGCCUGAAUUUUAGGAAGCCUACCAAAGAAUCAGCCUUACUAAACAAGCUGUCCGUCCUUGCCUCCAGACUUGCGCCAGCCACCAAGCCCCAGAAACUUACACGGUAUCGGCGAUGCUCCUUUGAGCUUCUUCCAAACGCCAGAAGCUACAAGCGGCUGCGAUACAAAAGGCUCCUGGAUGGCUUUUCCUGCAAUACAAUGCCGCUGAAUGUGUAUCUCGCAGCUGGUGCGUGGGAUAAGAGGCCCAGCAGUAAGUCCUUGGCACUUUAUUCUCUCGAUGCCAUGAAAAUGAGCUUCGUAAAUGUGAGCCACGAGAUGCCAUCACUGCUGUUUGGCUCCAAAAUCUUCCCAGUGUCCUUCCACUCAGACUGCCUGGCUGAGUCCUCGAGGACUUUCCCAGAGCACUGUGCUCCAGCCAGGCUCACCUCAGGAGAGGCUGUCCAUUGCCCGUCGCCACCUCCCAAGUGGGCCUUUUCUCUGUUCUUGUCCCACAGUUGCCCUGGGACGGCCAUGUUCAGGGACGAGACUGGCCUCCACGGUCAGGCACGCACUCAGGCUCCUCCACAGCCUCCAUCUCCUCCCCGGGACUACAGAGGCACUGCCCUAGUCGAGACCAGCGCAGACUGCUCUGUCCUUGGCCUUCACACGCUCCUAGCACUUUGUUCCCCAGGAUGUUACCGAAUCUGGACCAAAAAACGGAGCUUCUCCAGUCAUAUGCCGACUGUGCAGAGGUUCUUCAUGACCCAGUUUACACAGGGCUUGAAGGGGUUGCGGUCUCCAGCCUCCAUAGCCAACAAAGUCUUCUGUUCCCUGCCCUACUCGGUGGGCAGGGUGCUGUCCAUCUGGAGCCAGCACGGACCUUCUGCCUGCUCCUUGGAAAUCUCUGCUCUUCAUCCCACUCCCAGCAAGGAGCACCUGAAUCUGGACACCACAAGCAGCCACACCAUGUUACCAUAUGUGCCUCUUCCAGGCUUGGAAGCUACACAUAGCACCAGCGGCAGCCAGCUGAGGUUAGAACCUUCGUUCCCCGCCUUGGUACCAAAGUCUUGCUUGGUAACGGAACCAGCUGUCAGCAAGCUCCUGCUUACUUCCUCUGAGUUCCCAGUUCCUGGAUUUGAUGAGCUUGAUGGGAUGACAGCAGCCUGCCCACGGCCACAGAGCAGCCCUCCGGAACAGAAAGAAGCUGAGCCAGAGAAGAGGCUAAAGAAAGUCUCACAGAUUCGCAUCCGGAAAACGAUUCCGAAACCAGAUCCUAACCUCACCCCCAUGGGCCUUCCUCGACCCAAAAGGCUAAAGAAGAAAGAGUUUAGUUUAGAAGAAAUAUAUACCAACAAGAACUACAAGUCUCCUCCAGCAAACAGGUGUCUAGAGACCAUCUUCGAGGAACCCAAGGAACGAAAUGGUACGCUCAUCUCCAUCAGCCAGCAGAAGAGGAAGCGUGUUCUAGAAUUUCAGGAUUUUACGGUCCCGCGAAAGCGAAGAGCCCGAGGCCGAGUGAAGCUGGCAGGCAGCUUCACCAGGGCCCAGAAGGCGGCGCUGCAGAGCCGAGAGCUGGAUGCUCUUUUGAUACAGAAACUGAUGGAACUGGAGACCUUCUUCGCCCAAGAAGAGGCACAGGAGCAGCCAUCAGACUGCUGAGUAGCUUUUCAGUUUGGGAGAGUCUCUAUUUUAUUUUAUUUUUAUUGUUUUUAUUGUUUUUAAUUUUUUUCUUUAGACUUCCUCAGAAGAGGUGGUCUGGUUUUAUCAUAACACCCAAGCCACUCAAAAUGCACAGGUCAUGAAUUUUUACCUGUUUCAAGGUGCAGCCUUUUUAGGAACUGGCGAAGGAGGGUCCUCUGCUUGUACUGCUGAGUCUAGAACCUCAGGAAUGCUCCCUUUGUCCCGGAAAUGGUCCUGUCCUGAAUGACAUCUGGCCUCCUCCUCCUCUUCCCCCUCUUUUUCCUCCUCCCCCUCCUCCUCCUCCUCCAGGUUUCUGCCAUCCACAGGAGGAAGCAGCUGCAGAUGUCAAGUAAAACACUAGGAUUCCAAGGACUUACGGCAUUUGCAUGUCCAUGUGAAAGUCCCUUGUACUUUGUUUACUAUGGUGGUGCUAUACCAAGAUUCUAGAAAGGGGGCCCAGGCGUCCUGUCCUGCUCAUUGGUCUCACAGGCUCAUGGCAGCAGUAGAGGAGAGAUGAGCUAUUGUGUUUUCUAGUCCUUUGAGUCUUGUCUGCCCAGAAACUUGUUUGUGUAAGAGAGUGUGUGUGUGUGUGUGUGUGGUUUUUCCCCGCAUCAUUUUCUCUCCCUCUGUGACUAUGGGUCACUAGUGCCAGAGGAGCCCAUCCAGGCCCCAUUUGAACUAAGUUGCACUUUUUAAUGUUGUGAUGUUGAUUUUUUUUUUUUUU